AAGGCAGAAUAGCACAGUCACACCGCGCUUCAUCGGACCGCGACUGUCCAUUUUAUUCUCUUUAUAAAGUUUGCAGCCUGCUCGAAGCUUUCUGACUUUAGCUUCUGCAUACUUCCCAUUUACUAUCUUCAUACCGCCGAUUUAAUCCAUCUCUAAUGAUCACUCGAAUAGCGACGUAGCGUAGUGACAUCACUGCAACAAACCACACCACCAUGACAACGAAAGCAAUCAAAGCACUUCCGCACGAGAAGCGCAAGGGCGAGUCUGCCCUGAGUGAGUUCGCCGAAUAUGUCGAGCAGCAGCAGAGCCUCCGCUUCCCAGCGUCCAAGGCCGCCCAGGCCAAGGCAAACGAGGAUGGCAAUGCUGGUGCUGACGCCGACGCUCAUCACGAGGAGCUUGAUGAGCUGUUCGGCAAUCUAGAGCUUGACGAGAUUGCACCUAGGAUAGACCUCAAGUCGCUGCUGCUCGCCAACGACGACGAGUCGCUUAAGCAGCUGCAGGACAUCCUGGUCGACCGAAUCGACGAGGGUAUGGGCGAGGAUGUCUUUGAUCUCGGAUACGAGAACAAUGGCGACAGCAUGCACUUUACACUAGACCAGUGGAACACUGCGUAUGCGCGACUACUAAAGGCUGCUGAUAGUGUGCCGGCCAAGUGCCAGCUCCUACUAACACACAACGUGGGAGGUGAUGUCGAGGCAGCGAGCACAACAACAACUAGCAAAGAUACUAGCUCUACUGGAAAAGUGUUGGUACGGCGGAUGCCGGCAACAGUGGAGGAGGCCAUUGAGACUCGAAUCGCAGUCGUCGGAAACGUCGACGCUGGUAAAAGUUCGCUACUCGGUGUCCUCGUGAAAGGCGACCUUGACGAUGGCCGCGGCCGAGCACGAGUAAAUCUCUUCCGCCAUAAGCACGAGAUUGAGACUGGCAGGACCAGUUCAGUAGGCAUGGAGAUUCUGGGCUUCAGCGGCACAGGCGAGGUUAUCACCUCUGACACUCCCGGACGUAAACUAUCCUGGGAGGAGAUUGGCAAGCGCAGUGCCAAAGUCAUCACCUUUACUGACUUGGCUGGCCAUGAGAAAUAUCUGCGCACCACUGUGUUUGGCAUGCUAUCCAGCAGCCCGAAUUAUUGCCUGCUAAUGGUUGCUGCCAACAACGGUCUCGUGGGCAUGUCUAAAGAGCAUCUUGGUAUCGCACUUGCGCUGAAUGUCCCCGUAAUGGUGGUGAUUACCAAAAUUGAUAUUUGCCCGGCUCACAUCCUCGAGGAGACAAUCUCGCAAAUCACCAAAAUCAUGAAAAGUCCGGGUGCUCGAAAAAUCCCGACCUUUAUCAAGAACCGCGAGGAGUGCAUUAACACGGCAACGCAGUUUGUCAGUCAGCGCAUCUGCCCCAUCUUCCAGGUGUCCAACGUCACCGGCGAGAACCUGGACCUUGUGCGCCUGUUCCUGAACAUCCUGCCGCAUCACGGCCGAUAUAACGCCGAGGGUGCUUUCGAGUUCCAUGUUAACGACAUCUUCUCGGUCCCCUUCACUGGUACCGUUGUUUCAGGCAUCAUCAAGUCCGGUGUUAUCCACGAGGGCGACAACGUGCUCAUUGGACCUGACUCGCUGGGCCAGUUCACGCCGACUGCUGUUCGCUCCAUUGAGCGUAAGCGACUACGCGUGCCCGCCGCAUCCGCAGGACAGUCUGUGUCUUUUGCGCUUAAGAAAGUUAAGCGUAAAGAUGUACGAAAAGGAAUGGUGGUGCUUACAAAGGCGGAGGGCGAGCCUACUCCGGUAGUGCAUCGCGACUUUGUUGCCGAGGUUCUGAUUCUGUCACACGCCACUACCAUUAAGACACGGUAUCAGGCAAUGCUGCACGUCGGUCCUGUUUCACAGACCUGCGCAGUCAUUGAUAUUGACCGUGAGCUGAUACGAACUGGUGACCGAGCGACGGUAGCUUUCCGAUUUGUGCAGCGACCUGAGUAUCUUGUGCCGGGCGACCGACUUCUGUUCCGGGAGGGUAAGACCAAAGGCCUGGGCAUUGUCAAAGCUGUUGGCUAUGAUCCCAAGGUUGGACUGCGAGGCGGGCCCUCGGUUGAGAGCCGUGCAAUGAAGGAGGAGGUUGAUAAGGACGAGCCUGCGCAGGAGGUGCAGGUUGGGGCGUAAUGUAUGAUUAUUCUACGAUCUGACGACGCUUUAUUGUUGUAUUUUGCCUGUUGUUUUAUUGUAUUCAUGUUUGUACAGAUCAUGAAUAUUAGUCCGAGAUUGACAAUCAAUCAUUUGAAUUCUUUUUUCACAUCUCUUUCCGUACUUCUGCUUAUGCUGUCGAUAUGCCAGUUACAUUAAGGGUCAGCAACUAACAGUGCCACGUUGCAAGACGGUCUGCGCGUAUACUGCCUGCCAAUGGCAACCUCCACUAUCCAAUUCCAAC